UCCGAAUUAUUUUGUUUAGUUUUUCCAUCCAAAAUGUAUGUCUUAAAUCGUUUUGAAUUAUGUGUAUCAUCAUCAUUGUUGAUAAUAUUCUGUUGUUUCAUCCGAAUUGAUGCAAAACAAGUCGAUGUUACUGAAGAAGCGAUAUUCGAUCUAUCGAUUGGUGGCAAACAAAUCGGUACAAUUGUUAUUGCAUUAUUUGGUCGUGAUGUACCAAAGACUGUUGCCAAUUUUGCACGGUUAUCCAGUUCGGAAGGCUACCAGGGAAAAUCGUAUCGUAAUUCCCGUUUUCAUCGUAUAAUACCGAAUUUCAUGAUACAAGGUGGUGAUAUUAUACGUGGUGAUGGUCGUGGUUCUUUCUCCAUCUAUGGUGGACGUUUUGCUGAUGAAAAUUUCAAUAUUAAGCAUACUGAAGCUGGUUUGUUAUCGAUGGCAAAUUCUGGACCCGAUUCGAAUGGAUCACAAUUUUUCAUAACAUUAGUACCAACACCAUGGUUAGAUGGUAAACAUGUUGUAUUUGGUAAAGUUGUAUCCGGUAUGGAAGUUAUACAGCAAAUUGCCUCCGUACAACGUGAUGCUAAUGAUCGUCCAUUAGAUGAUGUCGUCAUAACCCGUUCGGUUACACGUCCGGUUAAUGCACGUUUAAUCAUACCCAGCCAAUAAUCAAUCGAUUUUUGUAUUAUAUCAAUCAUUCUUUUAUUGAAUCAAAAUAAAACACACAAACAGAGCAUGCGCUUUACAAGGCAUGCAU